UUCCUUAACAAAUGAAAGUGUUUUGUUAAAUUAAAUGAAAAUUUAAAGUGAAAAGGAAUAAAUCUAAAGGAAUGAGUGUACAAAGUAAUCAUCACACAACAUCACCAUUAUGCAGUGGCAAUAAAUCUAAAAAAUCGAAAAAUGAUAUAUUACGAAGCAGUGUAACAAGCUUGUUGAAACAAAAAAAUUUCGUGGGAUCUGAAAAAUUUCGUAAAUCAGAUAUAGUGUUAUUACAAAAUAAGAAGGGCUUCGUAUUGCAAAAAAUGCUAGAGGCUGAUAUGCAUGGCGGCAAUUCGUUCCUCUACUCAAAUGUGUUAUGCUUAACCAAUAAUUAUCACAUGGUGGAUCAACAAUUUGGAAGAUUCUCGCAAUUUGUCGAGUCUCAGCCAGACGAGUUGAAUGCUGAAUUAAAACGCUUUUAUGCACCCAUGUUGUGCCAUUUGUACUUGGAAUUGAUAAAAUCCCGAGAGAGUAAAGGGGCCGUAGAUUUAAUGCGUAAAUAUGCUCAUUUGGUAGCUCCAGUUGAAACCUAUGAGGCACCUUUCGCCACCAAGAUUAAUGGCUGCUCGGUACCGCCGCAUGAAAGCAGUGGUAUGGAAGGGAGCUGGCAAAACUUAAAUAUACGUUAUGUCGAAGAAGCCUUUGCUGAUGAGGAUCCUGAGCUAGAUUAUUUUAUGAAAUUGGUACAAAAAUUAUCAGCCUGUCAAAAAUUAGAUUUAAUUGAAUCCGACGCGGAUAUAGUACAAUUUCGUUCCUCUAAAUAUGAAAUACAUACCAAUGAGGAAGUGGUGAAAGCGUUACGUAACUUCUUGGAAAAAAGAGGACAUGUUCUAAUAUUACAUUUAAUAGUGUCUUGGAUCCAUGUGCGUAUUCUUGAUAAUGAAGUACGAAAUCUAUCUGAAGAAAUGGUAUUCAUGCCAACGGAGGAUACACUCGAAGAUGAGGAUGAAGAUUUAGAACAAAUCAAAGCAAAAAUUCACAUAUCCAACUCUUGCUCGAAUAACGAACGUCCUAAACGCUCCGCUGAAGACUUGCCCGAGGUGAUAAUAAAGUCCGAAAUGGAAACCGACAGUAGUAGCUCGAAGGACUGCAGGUAUAGCGUUAGACAAUGCUUAAAAACGAUAAAAGACUGUCGUGAACAAAUAUACAAAUCCUAUCUAGAUUUUCCACGUAUUUUUAAUAUUAGUGACAAAGGUCAAGGCUUAUCGUGUGCAUCUUUAGAUCCUUAUGAAUGCCACAUAGCUACCGGUUUUAAUAGUUCCGUGAUACAACUGUGGCAAGUAGAUCAGCAUUCAACUCGGGGGAAAAAUCUCUAUAACCGCUUUUCUAAAACUUAUUGCCGCUGGGAACUGAACAACUUUACACUGGAUGAAGAUGAAAUGCUAUUGAAUAUUAAGCGAUUGCAUCGUGAUGACGAUCAACAAGAAACCUAUUAUCGAGAUCAGUAUUUUAGUAAAAAAUAUGAGGAUAAUUCAUAUAACGCAUAUGGUGGGGUUUUCCUGCGUGGUCAUGGUUCCGGCGUAACAGAUAUAAAAUUUUCUUCCCAUCAUCCAUUACUUUUUAGUACCUCUAAAGAUAACAGCAUGCGGUGUUGGCGAGCGGACAGUUUUGACUGCGCCGGCAUAUAUAGGGGGCACCGCUAUCCCAUCUGGUGUUUAGACGAAAGUCCGGUUGGUAUGUAUGUGGCGACUGGCUCAAAGGAUUUAACGGCUCGUCUAUGGUCUUUAGAAAAAGAAUUUCCAUUGAUCACUUACGCCGGCCAUACUCAAGAUGUGGAGUGUGUUGCCUUUCAUCCAAAUGGCGCCUACAUAGCCACAGGAUCUGCUGACUUCACUGUACGUUUAUGGUGCGUGACCAGUGGCAAAUUAAUGCGUGUUUUUGCCGAUUGCAAGCAACCAAUCUGCAGCCUCGCUUUUAGUCCGGACGGCAAAAUGUUGGCAGCUGGUGGAGAAGAAUCAAAAAUCCGCAUCUUUGAUUUAGCUGCAGGUUUUCAACUCAACGAAUUAAAAGAUCACUCAUCAACAGUUGCAAGCAUAGCUUGGAAUACUAAUGGCCGGUUUUUGGCUUCUGCCUGCCGCGAUGGUACAUUACGUGUGUGGGAUGUUAAGAAAUUACUACCCAUUAGCAGUGAGAAUUCUUCUUCGUCAUCGUCGUCGACAUCGCCAUCAUCCAAUAAUUUAAAUCGCCUGCUAGCUCUUCCUUCUAAUUGCCAACGUCUGCUUAAAGUUACAUUUAGUAAUAAUGAUACCAUUUGUUGUCUAGGCGCCAGUUAAAUUACUAUUAUAUUUAUUUUUUAUUUA